AUGUCUGUCCCUCAUCCGCGUUCCACACGCCUUCCUUACUUGGUUCAUAUGCCUCUGCUUGUCGUGUUCGAGCCCCAUACCACACAGAGGACAGCGUUAGACGGCGACGCUCCUUCCGUCUCUCCUUUUUUCUUUUUGUUGCGCGUGGGUGUGUGUUGUCUCCACCGAAAGGCUUUAGUGUCUCACUUGCGCUGGUGCACUGGCUCGGUGUUUAACAGGCACCGUCAAGCCUACUUUCAGUUUCCUCUUACAGCAAUACGCACGCACGCACACACGCUCCCCCCAAAGAGACACCUGUGGCUCAUAAUGUCCCUCUCUGUACGCAUUCGUACACCGAAGACCAGCACGCCGGUGCAGGUGGAGCUGAACUCUAGCGGAACGUGGGGCGAAGCCGCUACGCUGCUGUCUCAGAAAUCGGGCAUCGCCCUCGAGCGACUCCGCGUGCUCGCCGGCUUCCCCCCGAAGGCGGUGGAGCUGUCCGCCAGCAGCCCCCUUAGUGCACUAAUGCUGCGUGUCAAUGACAUGCUGAUUGUUCAAGAGGGAGAGGCCAGGGUAUUGCUGGGUAAUACAGGACAGCGCUAUGUUCCUCCGGCGCCUGAGAAGGCGCACUUCACGCGUCGUCGCUGCCCAGCAGACAACAGUUGCCUCUUCCAUGCCUGCGCCUACGUGCUACACGACAAGAGCCGCACCGAGGGGCCGCAGAUUCGUCAGGAGUGCGUGAAGGCCGUACUGGACCACCCAGAGAUGUUUAACAGGAAUACACUGGGCAUGGACCCGGUCGCCUACGCGAUGUGGCUUUCGGGGAAGGACUCGUGGGGUGGCGCCAUUGAGCUCGAGAUACUCUCCUUUCUCUACCAGACGGAGAUCUUUGCGUUGGACCUGCAGUCCGUCAGCCUGCAGCACUUCGGCACCGGAAUGGGCUACACCGUGCGUGCUUUUCUUGUUUAUACGGGCAACCACUACGAUUGCAUUGCCAUGAACCCCGUGUACAACUCCCCCUCAGAGCACGAGGAUCAGACGCUGUUCAAUAGUCGUGAUGAGAAUGUCUUGGCGCGGGCCAAGCGCUUCGUCGCUGAGGAGGGGCAGAAGGUGAAGGAGGGCAGGUCCGCGUAA